AUGUCCACGUUACAGCGCUCACGAUCACUUCGAAAACCCGCUUCUUCCACCACAACCACUGCCAAUGCUAAUGCGAACGCCCCAGACGGUUCACCGAGUCGCCUUCCUGUAAAACCCUUGACUAGAAGACUCUCCAGGGCGACAUCUGUCCGACAGCCUGCUAAGCCAGUAACAUCCGAGCCUGCGAAGAGGGAAACUCGAUAUCCCCCCUCAACUACGACUACAAGACCUCGACCAGCGGUGAGACCAACCUCGGCAGAUGGCCCGACGCAAACAACUAGAAAGGCACCUGCCCCUACGCAUACACGCGCAAAGAGCACUGCUACUGGCUUGAGAAAUGCGCCAGUCUUGAGACCUCCUUCUUCUGGUUCAUCAGCUAGCAGCACUACUACCACAACAACUACCACUCGUCCUACUCGGACGUCGACUACUUCGACCAACGAGAAGCUCCCGGGCGCCGCACCACGCCUUCGCCCGGCCUUCUCAACUCUCCAACAACACUACUCGCCAGCCAAGUCCUCUGCGCCCAAACCACUGACAUCAACAUUCCUCGCUCCGCCAUCGCCGUCCAAACUUCCGGCCAACGUCGCUGCAUCCGCUGAGACAAGCCGGUUACAAACCGAGCUUCUGCAACUUCAUCUUUUGCAUCGAGAUGCACCGACCGUUGAUGCUACCUGGAGAGCUAGUGCCCAGCGCAAACUUGGGGAGCGAUUUUCAGAGCUUGCUAGCGCGAGCAAACAGAUUGAUGACCAAGAGAAGGCAGAGGUUGAGAGGGAGAACAUCCUGGCACUCCGUAAGUGGUCUAUUGGCGGUGGUCUGGAAGAGCGCAUACAAAUCCUAGAUGCAGCCCUAGCUGGCCUAUGGGCGCUGGAGGAACCCGGCGGUCGCUAUGCUAGGGUCGUAAGGCGAUUCGAACGAUGGGUUGAUGGCAUGUGCGAAAUCGAAGAAGCGAGACGUGCAGGCGGAGCUCUCAUCCAGGAGAACGACGUGCUGUUUAUUGGCGAGCUUGAUUCUGCAUGGAAGGACGAAUGCGCUGGCUUGGUACGACGAUUGGACACCAUAAAGCGACAACUCGAUCAAUUGGGAGAUUUUGCCCAUGAUGAUCAAGAAGGAGAAUCCAAGGAUCAAUCAAGCCUGCAUCGCAUAGUAGAAGGGUCAAGGGAGCUUGUUCAGGGCAUGCUGACUGAAUUAGCUGUCAUGGACGAUAUUGAGCGGGAUGCGCUUGCUCGUGAAGAUGAGUGGAUUGAGAGAAUGAACCGGGACGAUGAAAUGGAAGAUACCCCAAGAGCCGGAGCAGUCUGGAGAGCCGUGUAA